GUCUCAUUAAAAACUCCUCAAGAAAAAGUGAAUAUCCCUAAUAUUUAGUUGUGUGACAGUGAAACGUCAUUGUCAAAACAGAGUUUGAGAAACCAAGCUGUUUUUUUUCUCCGCAAAUUUUUAAAGAAAAGUGAAUUUUCCGAGAUUUUCCAAUGGCAGAGGAGGGAAAUGAGGAUAGCUGGUUGUACGGAGGCUCAAAAGGGGAUGAAGGAGAAGAAGAAAGGGGCGCCAUGGAGGAGGGGGAGGCAGGAAAGAGUCGCGACGAGUUUGAUGACAAACGCGAGGACGGACGUCUCCAGCAGGAAGAUUCCAACACCUGCGAGGAAUCCCAGGUUGAGAAUGGAACCAAUGAAGAUCAGGCCAAUAUGGAGGAAGUCCCGGAAGAUGCGGCAGAGCAUAUGGAGGAGCAGGAAAAUAUUCCAAAUGUCAAGGAAAAGGGAGAGAAUGGCUCGGAUUCAGAUGAGAGUGAUGAUGAUGAUAUAAAUGUGGUAAUUGGAGACAUUAAAUCCGGGCUGAGCUACAACAUAAAGCAAAGAGGGAAUCUCCUGGCCUCCAAUGCAGCUGCUGUCAAUGAGAAACUCAAGCAAUCCACGGGGAAGUUCAAUAUGGAGGAUUUUGAGAGUGUGGGCACAAUUAGUGGUGUCGCCGCGACGGAAUUCAGUAUUGAUUCCCUCGAAGAGAAGCCAUGGCGAAUGCCUGGAGCUGAUAUCACGGAUUACUUCAACUACGGCUUCAAUGAAGACACCUGGAGGGCCUACUGUGAACGACAGAAGAAGAUGCGUCUCAAUGAAAGCGGUGUGGGGCUUCAGGGACUCGCUAUAGGUCCUGUUCCGGGGAUCACAACCGGACAUGCACGUACCCUGACACCCCUUUCGAAUGACAAUAGCAAGUACACGUCAAUUCCUGGGAAUUUGCGGCGUGCAGGACCCCCGCCAGGACGCAAAAUGACAGGAAGUAUCGAUGUAAUUGGCUCAAAUGGGAUUUCCAGUCGCCGCGAAGAUGGUCUCAUGGGGAAGCCUUCAGCUAAGGAGAAUGCCAUUCAAGUGAUGACUGCAGACAGGAGGGAGUACAGUCGCGCUGGGGGGAAGUUUGAUGCACCCAUUACUGGUAACUUCUCCGGAGAUCCACCACCAGUUGAUCCAUUCUACGAACAGGAAACGUACAACUAUGGGUACGAACCAACGCAGGAUUCUCAGUGGAACAACAAUGCCUGGCAGCCGUCGGGAAUAAAGGAACUCACACCAAGCGCUCCACAAAUGGUUCCACCACCCCUGGGUCUGCCCAUGCCAAUCCAGCCCAUUGGACACGGACCACCACCAAUGUUGAGCCAAUUGCGUUUUGAUGAUGCCGACAGAGAACGCGAACGUGAUCGUGAUCGUGAACGUGAGAGGGAUCGAGAUCGUCGUGAGCGAGAUAGACGUUUCGAGCGACGUCGCAGCCGAUCUCGGGAUCGCGAGAGAGAUCGCGGUGAUCGCUUGCUCACUGAACGUGAGAUCAAGCAAGAACCCGUUGAUAGGGAUGACGAGUCUCCCUCUAGAGAUAAGGACAGGAGAUCUAAAUACCGCGAGAGGAGCAGCCGCAGAGAACGAUCCCGCAGUCGUGAGAGAUCAGAACGAUCCAGACGCUCAAGAAGUCGCACUAGAGAUCGUCGCAGUCGUAGUGACAAGAAAAAAUCCCACAAACGCGAUAAAGAUGAUAGUGAGUAGAAAAGGAAGAAUUGUAUGUACCACACAAACUUUUCGGUCAUCAAAUUAUUUUAAUAUUGAAAUUCAAUAUGUAAAAGAGAGUAAGAGAAUAAACCACAUCUGAAAACGAUAAAAAA